UUUCAAGUUAAAAUAGAAGAAUUGAAAAGAGACUAUAAACUUAAUGAAUCAGAUAAUACCUAUAUAAAGCACUAUGAAAUAAAUAAUAAAAAAGCAAAAGGAGUAUCCUGUUUUGUGCCUUUGGAAACACUUCACAAUGUCUCUAGUGAAAGACUCAAUAACUUAGAAAUCCCAUAUUAUUUCCUUCCUGAAGGAUUAGAUCUCCUCAAAGGGUUGGCUUUGAUUUAUACACAUUGUAUAAAACUCCGGUUUCCAUCAGGUGAUCAAGGUGGGCUACAUUUCGUUAUUGCACCUACAAUGCAUAUAAAAAAAGAGCAGUAUAUACAAACGGUGAAAGAGUUAGAUUGGCAAUUGUGUAUGAUCAAAGCUUCUGUGGAGAUGGACGAGUUAAUAUCUCAUGAUGAUGACUUGGAGGGUGUUGAAGACUUUCGAAUGAAUGAGCUAUACUGGCUUAUGGAAAUUUGGCAUACACAAACAACAAAUGCAAUGGAUCAUCUUCACGCUAAUGAUAUUCACACAUGGAUUUUAUUAGACAAACCAUCUUUUCAAGAUCUUCUUUAG